GGGUAAAAAUAUAAGAGCAACUUUUCUUAAUGAUCUGCAGAAAAUGACUACAAGAAGAGUUAUUUAAGUUAUACGAUAGUCAGCAAUUUUUAUAGCAUCCUAACAGGAUAUCACAUGUUCUUGACCACAGUGGUCUAAAAGCUCAAAAGCAGAAAUGUAGAGCAGUGCAGUCCACCUAAAGAAACGACUUCUAGUCUCACGUUUAACUCCAGCAGACUGAAUAUGUCUUAUUACGGCGAUAUCAACAUUCCCUUUACACAUGGGAUGGACAGAGAAGAUGAAGAAGAGAUGAAUAUCAAUGCUAAUGCUGAUCCUAUAAACUGUUUUGAAGUCAGGACAGAAACGGAGAACUCCAAGAGACACCAAACUCCUCAACACACAGAAAUGGCUUGUGUGAAGAUCAGAAGCUCCAGAGCAACUGCAGUGUGUUUGGUGCUGCUGUGUGUUCUUCUGCUGACUGCAGUCAUAGUGCUGGGUGUCUACAUCCAUACAAAGAGCACCAACUACACAGAAGAGAAAAAACAGCUACUAACCAAGAUCACCAACAUCACAGAAGAGAGAGACCAGCUACUAACCAAGAUAACCAACAUCGCAGGAGAGAAAGACCAACUACUAACCAAAAAUACCAACCUUACUGAGGAGAAAGGCCAGCUACUAACCAACAAUACCAACCUUACUGAGGAGAGAGACCAGCUACUAACCAACAAUACCAACCUUACUGAGGAGAGAGACCAGCUACUAACCAAUAUCACCAACCUGACAGAAGAAAGAGAUCAGCUACUAACAAACAAUAUCAACCUUACUGAGGAGAGAGGCCAGCUACUAACCAAUAUCACCAACCUCACAGAAGAGAGAGAUGCAUUAUCAUCAAAUAACAGUGACCUUAUCAAACAAAGAAACCAAUUAAAUCAGGAGAAAAACGAACUGUUAAAAAUGGAUGGAUGGGUUUAUUAUCAAUACAGUUUUUACUUAAUUUCCUCUGAGAAGAGGAGCUGGACUGAGAGCAGAAGAUACUGUACAGACAGAGGAGCAGAUCUGAUCAUCAUAAACAACAAAGCGGAACAAGAUUUUAUUAAGAAAAUUUUUUGUUCUCAAGUCUGGAUUGGUCUGACUGACAGUGAAGUGGAGGGCAGCUGGAAAUGGGUUGAUGGCAGCACACAGACCUCCGGGUUCUGGGCAUCUGAAGAGCCUGGUGGACAUAGAGGAGAGAACUGUGCUCUAACUCGUGAAUCAGGAUGGGCUGAUUACCCAUGCAAUGAUAAGUUUAAAUGUAUCUGUGAGAAGAGCAUUUAAAAAUAAAGUCAAUGAGAUGCAUGUUUAUGUCAAAAAAAGACAUACAAUAUUUGGCAAAAAAAAAAAAAAAAAAAAAGGGAAAAAAGUUACUUGACGUAUAUAACGAGCUAGCCAGGGCCCUGAACCGGUACGAGGAAUAAAAACAAAAAACUGAAACAAACAAUUUCAACAGUAGUAUAAAUAAAAACGAAAACAAAAUCAAGUUCAAAUGAUCCAAAGAGAAAUGCUUAUUUGAAAUUUCCAUUAACCGGUUAAUAACAAAUAUGACGGUUCGGUACGUUCAUCGGUUUUAAAGUCACAGUUUGGUACGGGUUCUCUUUUUUUAUUAAACAAUGUUUUACUGAACCAUUUGUGCCUCUGUCUUUAAAUCUAUUCAAAUAUAAUUAAAAAUUGUCUUAAGGAGAAAAAAAAUCUAUCUCUGACAUAAUUAACAUUUAAAAUAAUAAUUUAAAAAAAAUAUGUAUUGUAAGCAAGUAAAUUACACAUAAGGCAGUUUUUGCAUUAACUUUUGUUUCUCCAAUUCAUUGUUGAUACAUAAUCAUUAACAUUAGUGGCUGUCUCAACUUGUUUUCAUGAUUUAUUUAGGCCUUACAUUAACUAACAGGUUAAGUAAAUAAUAUAUAGGCUAAUAUAGUGCAUAUAUACGGAAGAGGAUUAGGGCCAAGCAAUAAUAAAAAAAU